AUGCUGAUUUUUGCUCUUUCUCCUCAAAUCAGGUUCAAAGCGGACUUGGCGUUGAAACAUCGCAAGGCGGCCGCCGCGAAGAAAAAGGAAGCGGAGAAGCGCGAGAUCGAAGCCUCCAGUCGCAAGAAUCUCGCUGGUGUCAGAGUCGUUCAGAAGAACCUGGUCUACGUGAUCGGGCUGAAUCCGACGAUACGUGACGAAAACCAGCUGCUACAGACGCUGCGUGGCCCCGAAUAUUUCGGUCAAUAUGGCGAAAUCGAGAAGAUUGUCGUCAGCAAAGCGAAGCCAGGGGGUAAUCCAAACCAGGGUAUCGGGGUCUACGUGACUUUCGCGAGGAAACAGGACGCAGCGACCUGUAUUGCGGCUGUAGAUGGAUCCGUCAACGGUGACCGGGUUCUUAGAGCGCAAUACGGGACGACGAAGUACUGCUCUUCUUUCCUCCGGGGCGAGCAAUGCAACAACAAGAACUGCACGUUCUUGCACGAGACAGGGGAUGAUAACGAGAGCUACAGCCGCCAGGAUCUCUCCUCCAUGAACACUGCCCAGCGCCAUGGCCAUCAAAAUGGUCCAUCCGCCGCGGGUUCUCAGGCUCGACCUUUGCCGCAGCCCGUGCAGUCGUCGCAACCCAUGCGCCGACAAGGGAGCAAGGAUGAGGCUGGCAGUAAGCAAGGAUCGGACGGAUCUGCUCUGCCUUCCUCGGCAAGUUGGGCGAACAAGGAUGUCAAUCGUGCUAGGCGAGCUAGUGUGAGUGGUAGCCGAUCUUCACCCAGCCCCAAGCCGGCAAAUGUCACGGUUGCGGCGAAGAACGAAGAACAAAAGCGCCCAGACAAACCUUCUACUGCGGCACAGGAUUCGUCGCGUCGAUCAACGCCCGCACCAGCGCAGUCUCAACCAGCCGCCUCGCAGCCAUCAUCUCAAACCCAACUGCCUCCACAGCGACCUGAAGAUCUCAUGUUCGAAAGCCUCCUUAAGGCAGUCAACUCCCCCGAGUUCAGGUUCAACUUUUCUACGGAGGGAUUGUCUCCUGAAGAUUUGAAAUUUAUCGAAAAUGCGCCUUCUUUCAUCGACCCUUAUGGAGGAGUCAAGCGUAGAGCGAUGCGCGAGAAAGCCGAACAGGAACGUGCCAAACAGGAAGCUGAGGCGCAGUCGAUGAUGCAAUCCGCUGCGGCGGCCGAGGAGGAGACCAAAGAAGGCGGCAGUUUGCAGCUGGGAGGCGAACCCGAUGAUACCCAUCCUUCGAGAGGCGGCCGUGGUCGGGAAAAUCUUGGGGCUAUCCAGCCACCAUCCCAACAGGGCACUGCGAACAAUUCUGCCGUUGGCUCCCCGGCGUCCCUCAACCAUCAGUUCCAGAAUCUCAGCUUGAACGGUCGAAGUCUGACUCCACACCAGCAACAGCAGCUGAUGCUCCUCAAGUCAGCCAAUGGCCAACAGGCCGGCUUGACGGAGCCUCUGCAGGCUGGUGCCUUCGACCAAGGUCGUCAGGGCUUCCUUCAGAAUUCCAUGCCCCAAGUCAGCGGUGUGCAAGGUCACACUCGCCAGUCUUCCCGGUUCGCGUUCGCCAACGAUUCUAAUGCGAAGAAUAUGGCAAACGCCCGGAUGCUCGGCCAGCAAGCGUCGCUGAUGCAAUCUGGAACCCCCAAUCCUCUGGCUGCGCCUACUCCUCAGCAAGGCCUUGCCAACCAGUUCUACACGAGUAGCGUGCAAGGUCCGCCCCCUGGUUUGAAGACUGCUGGGACUCCUCCCGUCAGCGGUGGUGGAAUGUUCGCCCAGGGUCAUGGUUUCACGACGAACACCAACCUCGGUCUCGGUGCAAAUGUUGGAAAGCAAGAUGUGAACCCGGAGCUUAUGCGUGAGCUGCUGCGCGGCCGCAGCGGCACAGGAGGUGCCGGUGGUGUACAAGGACACGAUGCUGCUAAGCGUGAGUCAAUGUUUCCUUUCCUUCAGCCCCAGCAAACCCCCCCUCCCCUGACUCCCGCUACUGGCCUUCUCAGCAACUUCUAUGGUUCGCAAGGAGGCAAUUAUGCCGAGCCUGGACCACAGAAGCAAAAGAAGAAGGGGAAGAAGCACAGACACGCUAACACUUCCUCCGGUGGAGGCGGUGUAGUAGAUCUUGCGGACCCGAGCAUUUUGCAGGCGAGGAUGCACCAGGUUGGUGCCGGUGCCGCUGGGCAAGCGCUGUAUGGGAGUCAGGGCCAAGGUGGGUACAAUCACUCCAUGAUGUAUGGAGGCGGUUUCAACCGCUGGUGA